AUGGAAGUUAUUGGAUAUGCACCAGUUGAAACAAAUAAUGCCAAUUGUUUAUUAUAUGAAAAAGGAGAUGUUAUUAUUGUCAAUGAAAUGACAAAUACAGAAUUGUGGAAAGGGACAUGUAAUGAAAAGAAAGGAUUAUUUAACAUUACGUGUGCUACAACGUCAAUGCCACCAUUAUAUCAAGCACGAGUGUUAUUUGAUUUUGAAUCAAAAAAUGGAGAAUGUUUAAAUGUUAAAACAGGAGAAUUGGUUUAUGUUUAUGAAGAAGAUGAAGAAAAUACUAAUGGAUGGGCAUAUUGUCAAGUUGGAUAUCGUUUUGGAUAUGUCCCAAUAAAAUAUCUUGAAAAAGUUAAUUUAGCAAAAGAAUUAGGUGGAAGAAAUAGAAUGACAAGAGUUAAUAGACAAGCUUCAAUGUGUAUUCAAUUACCUACAUAUGUUCCAUGUAAAGUUACAGCAAAAUAUGAUUAUAUUGCUACGUAUGGAAAAGAUAUUUGUUUUAGGAAAGGAGAUGAAAUGAUUUGUUUUUCAACAAGUGAUAAUAGAUGGUUACUUGUGCAACACCCAAUUUAUGGAUUAGGAUAUGUACCUUUAUCUUAUGUUCAAUGUGAAAAAUCUAUUUAUCAUGUAGAUAUUAAGAAAUAUGCAGUUAUAUUAUAUGACUAUGAAGGUGAUACUCGUUUUCAUCUUAAAGGAGAAGUAGGUGAUAUUGUUUUUGUUGAGAGUAUAAUAGCAUCAUGGGCUGUUGUUCAUGUAAAUGAUAAAAAAUACGUUUUUCCUUCAUUAUAUCUUCAUAUCUUUAAUAGUGAAGUUGAAAUGAAAAUAUCUGAACCAAUGGGAAUUGUUUUAUAUUCAUUUAAAGGAGAAUCUCCUAAUGAAUUAGAUGUUGAAAGAAAUGCAUUUGUAACUUUAUUAUAUAGAGAAAAAAAUGGUUGGACAUUAGUAAAACAAGGAGAUAAAAUAGGUUAUGUACCUACAUCAUAUUUAGAACAAAUUGAAGAAGGAGAAGCAUAUGCUAUGAUUAUGAAAGAUGGAGAAGGAAAAAGAAAAAUAAAAAAAGGAGAAAGUAGUACGAAAGAAGAAGAAACAAAAACGAAAAAUGAUAAUGAAAAAAAAGAAGAAACUGAAAGUGUGAUUAACAAUAACGAAGAACAACUAAAAGUAGAAGAUAAAAAAGAUGAGACUACAAUAAUCUCUGAAAAUAAUGAAAAUAAUAUAUCAACAGAAGAACCAAAUAAUAACAUUCAAUCUGAAAGUAAAAAAACCGAAAAUAUAACAGAAGAAACAGAAAAGGUAUUAUCAGAAAAUGAAAAAGAAGAAAUCAUUCCUAUUAAAAAAGAUGAUAUUUGGAAAGUUUGUCAUGUUAAGAAAGAAGUUUGUACAUUAAAACGUGGAAAUCUUAAGAUUAUUGUCAAAAAUGAAGAUAUAGAAAUUUGUAGAAUGGAAAAACCAUUAAAUUAUGAAUAUGAAGAAGGAAAGAAAAGAAUUGAAGAGACUAUGAGAGUUAUUGAAGAACAAUUAAAAGUCCAUGAAGAACAAGAACAUGAACAAAGGAUUGCUGAAGAAGAAAGAAAGAGUGAAGAAAUAAAACAAAAACGAAGAGAAGAAGAAAAGAAAUUCUUCCGUCAAACAAUGCAAACAAAAAAGAAAAAACAAAACAAGAAAAUUACAGGGUUUAGACGUGGUGGAUUUGCUCGUCCUGAACAGUUAAUUGACACAAGUCAACUUGAACUUACAAAAUCUUUAUAUGAAGAAAGUCUCUCAACAUUCAGUCAAAAUUCUCCUAAAAUUGAUGAAUCUUCUCAAGGUGAAAAGAAAGAGGUUAUGUUGUCACCAGAAGAAAAGCAACUCAAAGAAUUACUCAAUAACUCUGAAACAAACCCAGAAAUUAUUACUGGUGUCAUUAAAAGGUUAAUCCAAGAAAAUGGUAAACUACAAUUCCAAAUUGAUGAAAUAGAAGAAUCUCAAAGAAAUCUCCUCAAAGUAAUUGGAGUUCUUAAAGAAGAAUUGAAAAGAACAAGAGAAAGUUCUGGAACUCAACGUAGAUUUUUGGCUAAAGAAAAAACAAAUGAACCUAAUGAUAUGAAAAAACAAAUUGAACAACUUAAAAAGGAGUUGGAAGAAGAAAGACAAAAGAAUCAACAAACACAACAAUCUGAGCCUAAAGAAAAUCCAGAAAAAGAAUACCCAGAAAAUUCUGAAGAAAAGAAAGAAAUUGAAGAACUUAAAUUAAAAAAUCUUGAGCUUCAAAAACAAGUUGAAGAAUUAAAUAAUGAAAAAGAAAAAGUUAUAAAUGAAACAAAAAAACAAGAAGAUUUAUUUAACUCAAAAACUGAAGAGAAAGAACAGGAAAUAUCUAAUCUGAAAAAUGAAAUUACACAACUUAAAUCUGAAUUACAAAGUCUUGAGAAUGAACCUAAACAAUCAACAGGUGAUAGUAUUUCACAAACUGAAUUAAAAGACUUUGAAGAUAAAAUACAGAAAAAAGUUGAAGAACUUCAAAUUAUUUUCAAUAAAAUUCAACAAGAGAAUAAGGUGUUACAACAAAAAACAACAUCACGUCAAUUUGAAAUGCUGAAGAAAGAAACAACAGAAAAAUUAAAUCAAUUUAAAGAUGAAUUGAAAAUUAUGGGAAGAAAAUUAUCACUUCUUUCAACUAAGUAA